CAUUGUGCUGAGAACUAAUAUUUACCUUCUUUCUUUACUUCGAAUUUUCCUCUUUGAGCUACUUGGCUUUCCUUUUUGCUAUAAUACAAUAUACACUAGCUAUAUUGAAUUUCCUUCCGAAGGAUGGAAUUUAAGGCCCGUAAGUGUAUAUUUGUUUUUUUACUACUUCUCUGCCAUGAAGUUCUGCUUAUGGGGGGAAGAGAAUUAAAAUCAAUGGACAGAACAGAGUCGAAGCAGAGCGUCGACCUGACUCCCAAAUCUCUGGGCAAAGGUUUUGGUGAUUCUGGUGCAGUUGAAGGAGAGGAAGAUUUUCGCCCAACAAACCCAGGGGACAGUCCCGGAGUCGGCCAUCCUCUUGAACAGGACAAAAAAGAUGGUCAUGAAAUUGUGGGGAUUAAGCAUCCUGUUAUAGGUUUGCCAGCUGACGGCCCCGGAGUAGGACACUAUCUUGCAGACAAAGAGCAACAAUCCCCCAGCAUUGAUGAUUUCCGUCCCACGACUCCAGGAAACAGCCCUGGAGCUGGACAUUAUUCUCACGUACAAGACAAAGAGGAGAAUGAACAAAAAUCGGUAAGCCCCAGCUUCAGUGACACUGACACAGAUGAUUUUAAACAUACAAAUCCAGGGCAUAGUCCUGGUGUUGGCCACUCUGAUCGAAACUAAAGUCAGAAUUAAAGUUUAAUAAUAAGGUGUAUGAUCCCCGUUCUCAUUUUCAACAUAUAUGGAAAAAUGAAGAUGCCGAAGAACAUAGAGACAUGCACUGGUUGUGAUGAUUAGUACGUAAUUAGUAGCAGUGAUAUAUUUAGCUCGUAGGAACCUAUCAGGGUAAUAUCGUGCUUUGUUGUAUGUAACAUAUAUGGUGUCCAUGUGGAUUGUCUUGUGUUUUCCUUUCUGGUGUGUGGAUUCACUUGUUAGUUUUCGUAAUGUAUUGGUUGUCUAAUAAAAUCUUUUCAAUUUC